CGUCACGCUCUGCUCCACCUUGCUCUGCUUCAGCUCCUCACAUGAGCCUCUGCUUAUAUACUGCUCCCUCCUUCGCUAGCUCAACAUCAUAAACCCAGCUGAAAAGAGAGAGAAAAUGGAGCUCUCUCUCUCUAGAACGAUGCCCAUUGUGGCUGUCGUCCUGCUUUCGUUGCUCGCGCCCUGUUUCGCGGCGAACGUGACGUACGACCACCGGUCGCUCAUCAUCGAUGGGCAGAGGAAGCUCUUCAUCUCCGCUUCGAUUCAUUAUCCUCGCAGCGUUCCUGGGAUGUGGCCCGGACUGGUUAAGACGGCCAAAGAAGGGGGAGCCAAUAUGAUUGAAUCGUAUGUGUUUUGGAACGGUCAUGAACCUUCUCAAGGCAAUUAUUACUUCGAGGAUAGAUAUGAUCUUGUCAAGUUCGUGAAGAUAGUCCAGAAUGCGGGGAUGUACAUGUUUCUCCGAAUCGGCCCCUUUGUUGCAGCUGAAUGGAGCUAUGGAGGGGUGCCGAUCUGGCUCCAUUAUGUCCCAGGGACAGUCUUCCGCACUGAUAAUGCACCCUUCAAGUAUCACAUGAAGAAAUUUUUGACGUACAUAGUGAAUCUGAUGAAGAAGGAAAAGCUUUUUGCUUCACAAGGGGGUCCUAUCAUCUUAGCCCAGGUUGAAAAUGAAUAUGGGUACAAUGAAGCAUAUUACGGCAAGGGGGCGAAGCCAUAUAUCAUGUGGGCAGCUAAGAUGGCAGUCUCUCAAAAUAUUGGCGUUCCUUGGGUUAUGUGCAAGCAGCCCGAUGCUCCUGAAUUUAUCAUAGAUACUUGCAAUGACUUCUAUUGUGAUCAAUAUGCUCCCAAUUCUCCAAAGAAGCCCAAAAUUUGGACUGAAAAUUGGCCUGGAUGGUUUAAGACUUUUGGGGCAAGAGAUCCACACCGGCCCUCAGAAGAUGUGGCAUUUUCAGUUGCGCGGUUCUUCCAGAAAGGCGGUUGUGUGCACAAUUAUUACAUGUAUCACGGAGGAACAAAUUUCGGUCGAACUAAUGGCGGGCCAUUCAUCACCACAAGUUAUGACUAUGAGGCACCAAUUGAUGAAUAUGGUUUACCAAGGUUCCCAAAGUGGGGACAUCUCAAGGAGCUUCACAAAUCUAUAAUGUUGUGUGAGCAUGCGCUGUUGAACAGUGAGCCAACUACUCUGUCAUUAGGUCCCAAAGCCGAGGCCGAUGUCUAUGCUUCUUCAGAAUUUUGUGUCGCCUUUCUGGCAAACACUGACGAUAAAGAAGACAAGACAGUACAGUUCCGAAACAUGUCUUAUAAUUUGCCUGCAUGGUCAGUCAGCAUUCUUCCUGACUGCAAAAAUGAAGUCUUUAACUCGGCAAAGGUUCGCUCCCCGAGCUCCGUGGUGGAUAUGGUACCAGAAUCUUUGAUACCAUCUGCCUCAUCAUCGGAUAAGGAUCCAAAAGCUCUUGAAUGGGAAAUAUUCACUGAGAAACCUGGACUAUGGGGAAAAGAAGACUUCAGUCUGAAUAGUUUUGUAGAUCACAUCAACACCACAAAGUAUACGACAGACUACCUUUGGUAUACAACAAGUAUAAAUGUCGCUGAAAAUGAGGAUUUCUUAAAGGGAGGAAGCCAACCUUACCUUUUGGUUGAAUCAAAGGGUCAUGGGCUCCAUGCUUUUGUGAAUCAGAUGCUUCAAGGUAGUGGUUAUGGAAAUGGAACGAAUGUACCUUUCAACUUCUCCGCUCCCAUUUCUCUCAAGGCUGGAAAGAAUGAUAUUGCUAUUUUGAGCUUGACAGUUGGAAUCCAAAAUGCAGGGUCUCAUUAUGAAUGGGUGCCAGCUGGAUUGACUACUGUGAAGAUUAAGGGAUUGAACAAGGGGAUACUGGACAUAUCUGGAUAUAAGUGGACCUACAAGAUUGGAUUGGAGGGAGAACAGUUGGGGGCGCCAUAUGGUCAGAAGAGUGUAAACUGGGUUUCAACAACAGAACCACCAAAGAAUCAGCCACUCACAUGGUACAAGGCUAUUGUGGACCCUCCAACGGGUAAUGAACCUGUUGGGCUGGAUAUGAUCCAUAUGGGUAAAGGACUAGCAUGGUUAAACGGACAGCCAAUAGGAAUUUACUGGCCUAGGUUAGUCUCCUUUGAGGACCCGUGUGUCAAGGAGUGCGACUACAGAGGCACCUUCAAGCCCGACAAAUGCGUCACUGGAUGUGGAGAGCCUAGCCAGAGAUGGUACCAUGUCCCACGAUCCUGGUUCAAGCCAUCUGGAAACAUUCUGGUUAUCUUGGAGGAGGUAGGAGGUGAUCCAACGAAAGUCGCCUUCUCAAAGCGUAAAAUGUCAACUGUCUGCAGCUCUGUUGCAGAAGAUUACCCAUCUAUUGACUUAGAAUCUUGGAAGCCAGACUUAAAUGGCGAUCGCAGUCAGGAUAAAGCACCCAGAGCUCACUUGAAAUGCCCCGAUUCUACCCACAUAUCUGCUGUUAAUUUUGCAAGCUUUGGGAAUCCGGUGGGAUCUUGUGGAUCCUACAGCUUGGGGGACUGCCAUGAUCCCUUGUCCAAAUCUGUGGUUGAAAAGGCUUGCUUAAACAAAAAUGAAUGUGCUAUAGAGCUAACUGAAGGGAACUUUAGUAAGAACCUGUGUCCUGGUUCGACGAGGAAACUAGCCGUGGAAGCAGUGUGCAGAUGAUAUUGAGCUUAGUAGAGAGAAGAUCAGAAGCCGGAGGUUCCAUUCCAUGAUUGUUUUUUCCCUCCCUUUUUGUGAAAGUAGCUAUUCGGCUUCUAAUUCAUUAGCUUUAGGCUCUUUCUCCUUUUUCCAGCAAAAGCAGUGUGAGACAUGUUACUUUGUGAUAUCAGUCGGCCUUACUAUAUCAGAAGGCAUCAAACUGUGCUCUCUGAAAUUUACCUAUGGUGCAUAUCAAUGAAUAAUUGCGAGAUCUGAGACAUAAACGCCUAUUGAUCUUA